GCGCAUGCGCGGUGGUGUCGCCGCGGGUGUUGCUUGGAAACUGGCCCCCCGCUGCGGAGGGACCCGCGGACAUGGCGGCGGUGAUGCUGGCGCGGCUCGGAACAGUCUUUCUGCUCCUGGCGGCCCAGGUAGCCUGUGAGUAUGGCAUGGUCCACGUGGUCUCAGAGGGCAGGGGCCCCAAAGGCAAAGACUACUGCAUCCUGUACAACCCGCAGUGGGCCCACCUGCCACAGGACCUGGGCAAAGCUUCUCUCCUGCAGCUGCGUGACUGGACAUCGUCUCUGCUCUGCUCCCCGGGUGACCUCCCAGCCAGUGGCUUCAGCAACCAGAUCCCGCUGGUGACCCGCGGGAACUGCACCUUCUAUGAGAAAGUGCGGCUGGCGCAGGGCAGCGGGGCCCGGGGGCUGCUGGUCGUCAGCAAGGAGAAGCUGGUCCCCCCUGGAGGGAAUAAGACACAGUACGAGGAGAUCGGCAUCCCCGUGGGCCUGCUCAGCUACAAGGACAUGCUGGCCAUCUUCAGGCGCUUUGGCCAUGCCGUGCGGGUGGCGCUGUACGCACCCAGCGAGCCGGUGCUGGACUACAACAUGGUCAUCAUCUUCAUCAUGGCCGUGGGCACUGUCGCUGUUGGGGGCUACUGGGCCGGGAGUGGGGACGUAAAGAAAAGGUACAUGAAGCACAAGCGUGACGACGGGCCUGAGAAGCAGGAGGACGAGGCGGUGGAUGUGACGCCCGUCAUGAUCUGCGUGUUCGUGGUCAUGUGCUGCCUCAUGCUCGUGCUGCUCUACUACUUCUACGACCACUUGGUCUACGUGAUCAUCGCCAUCUUCUGCCUCGCCUCCUCCACUGGCCUCUACAGCUGCCUGGCGCCCUGCGUGAGCAGGCUGCCCUUCGGCAAGUGCAGGGUCCCGGACAACAGCCUACCCUACUUCCACAAGCGCCCCCAGGUCCGCAUGCUGCUCCUGGCGCUGCUCUGUGUGGCUGUGAGCAUGGUGUGGGGCGUCUUCCGCAAUGAGGACCAGUGGGCCUGGGUCCUGCAGGACGCGCUGGGCAUCGCCUUCUGCCUCUACAUGCUGAAGACCAUCCGCCUCCCCACGUUCAAGGCCUGCACGCUCCUGCUACUGGUGCUCUUCAUCUACGAUGUCUUCUUCGUUUUCAUCACGCCCUUCCUUACCAAGAGUGGAAAUAGCAUCAUGGUGGAGGUGGCCACCGGGCCUUCGGACUCGGCCACCCACGAGAAGUUGCCCAUGGUGCUGAAAGUGCCCCGGCUGAACGCCUCACCCCUGGCCCUGUGUGACCGGCCCUUCUCCCUCCUGGGCUUCGGAGACAUCUUGGUGCCAGGGCUGCUGGUGGCCUACUGCCACAGGUUCGACAUCCAGGUGCAGUCCUCCAGGGUCUACUUCGUGGCCUGCACCAUCGCUUACGGCAUCGGCCUCCUGGUGACGUUCCUGGCGCUGGUGCUCAUGCAGCGCGGCCAGCCCGCCCUCCUCUACCUGGUUCCCUGCACGCUGCUCACCAGCGGUGCUGUGGCGCUGUGGCGCCGGGAGCUGGCCAUGUUCUGGACCGGCAGCGGCUUUGCGAAGGACCUACCUCAACCCUCGUGGGCGCCAGCCACCACGCUGCAGCCUCCAAAGGACUCGGAGCCUCUCCCCACACAGUCUCCAGGCCCAGAGCUGCCCAAGGCCCCCCUGCCUGCCACGCAGCCCCCCAACCCGGCCAGCACCGAGCCCACACCCGAGGAGGCGGGGGCUGAAGCUCCCGCCACGGACCCAUCCAGCCCAGCCAGCAGUGGCCCCACGCCUGCAGGCCAGGACCAGGUGCUGCCAGGGACCUCGGCCUAGAGGGGCGCGCGGGCCCAGGCCCUGCAGCCAUCCGUGCCAGACCGGCACGACGUGGGAUGCAUUCCCGACUUGGUGCUCUGUCCUGGGGGCCUGCCACAGCUGCGCCUUGGCCCCAGCCUGCUCUGUGCUUGGCCACACAGCCCCCUGCUACGCCGUCUUCCUGGCCCCAUGGGGCCCCCCCGCCCACUCCACUCAGGGCCUUUGCAGUGAGGCCCCCACAUUUGGUGCUGCACCCCAACGCUUCCUAGGGGUUUCCCUCCAAGGGCCUGCGCUUGGCCACAAGGAAAUGCAGAAGCCGCUGGCUGUGCAGUGCCCAACGAGACACGGCUCAUGACAGCCAGCAGGGGCCGGCAGGGGUGGGGACUCCUGCCCACCCGCCUGCCCACACCAUGCUGCCUGUGGCCUGGGAGCCCCAGCGACCCCGCAGGGCCCCAGGGCGAGACUUAAGGAUGGCCUUUGCCCUGUGGCAUGGGCCGAGGGCACGUGUCUUCCAGCCACAGCAGGCAGCUUCUGGAGUGAGGGGGAAUGUUCCAGAGCUGACCAUCCAUCCGCCCUCUACCUCACGGAUGGGAUUCUUGGUCCUGUGACAGGUGCCCAUGGCUAGCCAGCCCAGGGGCACAGCUGCCCCCCAAGCGGCGGGGCCUGGCACCCCCCCACGGGCACAGGGCCCUCACUGACACUCCCCCCCCCCCGCCCUCUUUCGUCUCACUGCCUCCACCUGGGGGAAAGCGGAGGCCGAGCACAGGAGCCACCCCACGGGCACGAGGCCCACCAGGCAGUGGGCUCUGCCCCCACGGGGGACAUGGGGUGAGCUGUGCCCCCUCUAGAAGCUAGUAGCCCUGAAACUGCCCUGCCUGGACCUUCCUGCCCAGGUCCCUGGGUGAGUGCCGCAGGCCUCCCCCACUGGACUCGCCUUAACUCAUUUGACCCGAGAGUGGGGGACCAGCACAGUCCAGGGGGCCCUGGCAGCAGCUGCAACUUUGUCACCUUGCUCCCUUCACAUCUAUGAUUAAACAGCUUUUGAUACCUA